CGAACAGGUUCCAACCAUUCUUCAGCUAGCCUUGGGAAGCGUUUCUGUCGACUCUUCUUGGAGAUCAUUUAUUUGCUACUCGGAGUGAUUUUGGAUCAAGGUCCGCUCCUAUACAUUCCCCAGACACGACAAACACCGUCGAGCCGACUUUUCUUGAGCUCCUGAUAUCCCCGCAUCGAGUGUUCUCCGGAUCUUUGGAACUCCAGCUUGCAGCCCGCGGAAACCAUCCUAUCAAGCGUCACAGUGUCCCUAUACCUAUCGACAAGCUUUGCUACAGUUUCCACGAAUACGAGAGCCAUUUAGAUAUAUUGCUCCUUCCUGUUUGUUCCACCGGAUUUACACCUCGACCAGGUAGUUGGGAAGUUGGGUACUAGCUAUGUUCCGCGCACAGCAGAACGCUUUUGACGACGCAGUCGCCAAGGCGACGGAUGAGAACUUGACCUCCGAGAACUGGGAAUACAUUCUUGAUGUAUGCGAUAAAGUUGGGGCUGAGGAGUCUGGUGCGAAAGAUGCAGUCGCAGCUUUAAUCAAGAGACUUGCGCAUCGAAAUGCCAAUGUGCAAUUAUACACUUUGGAGCUGGCCAAUGCGUUAGCGCAGAAUUGCGGUCCUAAAAUACAUCGUGAAUUGGCAUCGAGAAGCUUCACAGAUGCUCUUCUGCGUCUUGCCGGUGACAGGAAUACCCACCAGCAGGUAAAAUCCAAGAUUCUAGAGCGUAUGGAGGAUUGGACAGAGAUGUUCGCUAGUAACCCAGACUUUGGGAUUAUGGAACAAGCGUACAUGAAAUUGAAGACUCAAAAUCCUAACCUCCAACCCCCUUCGAAGCCCGGGAAGCGAGAAAUCACCGAUGUGGAUCGCCAGAAAGAGGAAGAGGAGUUACAAAUGGCGCUUGCCCUUUCUAUAAGAGAGAAACCCACCACGGCCCCUCAACCACAGGCCGAGAGCAGCAGCUCAGCUGCAGCACCGCAAAACCAGACACAAGCGGCACCUGCCGGACCAGUGCUUUCGGGUACUUCUGUUGCUACGGUCUCUAGGGUCAGGGCGCUAUACGACUUCCAGCCGUCCGAGCCUGGAGAGCUACAGUUCCGGAAGGGGGAUGUUAUUGCUGUCCUCGAGUCUGUGUAUAAGGAUUGGUGGAAGGGUUCCUUGAGAGGUCAAACUGGAAUCUUCCCUCUCAACUACGUUGAGAAGCUUCCAGAUCCAACUGUCGAAGAGCUUCAGCGCGAAGCUCAAAUGGAGGGAGAUGUGUUUGGGCAGAUCAAGAAUGUUGAGAAGCUCUUGACUCUUCUUAGCACGCGUAACUCGGAACUCAAUGUCCAAGACAACGAGGAAAUAACGAAUUUGUAUAAUUCGACUCUAUCCAUUCGCCCGAAGCUGAUUGAGCUCAUUGGGAAAUAUUCACAAAAAAAGGAUGAAUUUACCCAGCUCAACGAGAAGUUCAUCAAAGCGCGAAGAGACUACGAAUAUCUCCUGGAAGCAUCCAUGACCCAACCCGCGCAACCCCAGUAUGGCCGCCCCGGCCAACCUCAGUAUGGAUACCCUGGCCCUGGAGCCCCUGCAGGCUUCCCACAAGGGCCACCACCGCAGAAUGAUCCACAGAGAUACUUUAGCCCUCGCCCAUCAGACAACCAGCCUAAUAGUUCCUACUACGCCCCAACCACGCAGUCGCCGGGACCGGGGCCUGGGCAGACUCCUCCCGUAGGAGCAUAUCAACAACAACAGCAACAGCAGCAGCAGCAGCAGCAGCAGCAGCAGCAGCAAUCUCCAGCUGAAUCUUUUCAACCUGUUCAUCACCGCCCCGAAUCGACAUAUGAUCAUCCACAAGAGCUAGGAACAUCAGUCUACGACUCCCCUGUUGAACGGUUACAGUACCCUCCCGGACCUCCUGGGGCCCAACCACAGUUUUCACAACAACCACCGCAGCAAACACCCCAACCUCAGUUCUCAUCUGCGGUCUAUCCACCAGAUAACGCACACAAUCCACCCAGUGGCCCGGAUCCCGCGAGUCAAUCUCAGCCUCCUUACCCUGCGUCUCCAGUUACCCAACCCCCACCACCAAUGCAGCAACCUCCUCCCAUCCCCGGAGCUGCACCGGGAUCUGCGCCUUAUCCUUCGAUGAGCCCUGCACCGGGCGCUUACCAGGCGUACAAGCCCCCACAAGGCAGCGUACCUCACCAUAACCCGGCAUCAUUCUACCAGUAGCGCCUUCGACAUAUUCCCCAUUAUUCGCUGUACGCUAAGCGUCGACCUUGUCUCUACCUCGUCGUAUUUUGUGGUUCGUACCCUCGGAGUUUUUCGCGACGGAGGUUUGAUGUUUUUGGCCGCAAACCAUGGCGCAUACCUAUACUCUACUUGUAUUUAUUUUGUCGUUUUAAGCCGCCUUCAUAGGUUAUGCAAAGUUAUAAUGGUUUAUUUUGUCCUUGGAGCUACUUUCAAGCGACAAUCCCUA